AUGGAAAAUGAGGAAAAAGUAUCAAAAUGGCAGUGUGAGACGUGUACAUAUUUAAAUUUUUAUAAAUCCAUACGAUGUGUUAUGUGCAAAUAUUCAAAACCAGCAGUUGAAAUAAUAAGUCUAUCUAGUUUAAGUCCAACGCUAACGGAAACGACAACAUUAGUGGAACCAGUGGAAUCUCGAAAUGAUAUAAGCGAUGAAAAUUCACGGAAGUUGUGCAAUAACUCUUCGAGCCCCCGAAAUAGUAUUUUCAUCAACAGAAACGAUUCAUCACCAACAGCCUCAUUACUCGAUGAUGUCAAAAAGUUAGAAAUACAUACGUCAGAUCCAGACAUAAACGGAAAGUUCCAAAAUAAUAAAAACAAUAGUCCACUUGCUUCAUCCAGCAAUCUUGCAGCAACAACAACAACAACGACAACAAAAUCAGAUGCUGAAAACUUACGACUGUGUUAUAAUAACAAUAAUAAUGAAAAUAAUAAUAGGAAGUGGCAGUGCUCGGUGUGUACGUAUAGUAACUAUCCAAAGAGCAUAAAAUGCUCAAUGUGUGGAACUAAACGAGAUCAAAGUAAUAUUCAAAAGAUUAUCGCGGGUGAAAAUGAUUAUAUUGAGAAUCUUGAUGAUCUAAUGUCUGGUGCAAGUAAUUUUAAUAUUAUAGCAAAUAAUCUGACAAGCUCAUCAUCGCAUUCGUCGGUGAUGAAAGUGUCAUCUGAUAUAAUAAGUAAUAGUAAUAGUUAUACAGCGAAGAACAAUUUAAAGAAUUUACCGAACAAUUAUGAGAAUAUGAUAAGUAAUCCGAAUCUUGCCAGCACCCUAAAUAACAACAACAACAACAAUAAUAUUAAUCAUAGUAGUAGUAAGUAUCAGCUUAGUAGCAACGAAUUAGAAGCUCAGCAUGAGCGUCGAAUAAGACAAUUAAAGCGUCAAGCUGAUUGGAUAUGGUUGAAUGCUUGUAUCGGUGUUGUUGAGAAUAACUUGGCAGCUGUUGAUAAUUAUUUAUCGCGUGGCGGUACUGUAGCUCGUUCCUUAACUACCAAUGAAGUUUUACUAUUAAAUAGACCAUCUGCCUUUGAUGUUGGGCUUACACUUAUUCAUCUUGCAAUUCGUUUUCAUCGAGAUGAGCUUUUGUCACGAUUAUUAGCACAAAUUUCUUCAAAUGGACCAAGCGGAAUUAAGUGUGUACCAAGUUAUAUAGCUCCUGAUAUCGCAACAGAUAUUCGUCGACACUUUUGUGCAAUCUUGCGCAUAAGGAAAUCUCCUUUUAAUUGUCAUUAUGUAAAUGAACAUGCAACGUUUUCACUGCCAUCAGAUAUCGAAGAACUACCACUAACUGUUCAAGAACAAUUACAUGAUGAAUUGUUGGAUCGAGAUGCACAGAAACAAUUAGAGAAUCCACCGCCAGCAUUGAAUUGGUCACUUGAAAUCACUUCACGUCUUGGAUCAAGACUUAUGGUUUUAUGGAAUCGAAGUGCUGGCGAUUGUCUUCUUGAUAGCUGUAUGCAGGCAUCUUGGGGUGUAUUUGAUCGUGAUAAUGUUCUUCGUCGUGCUCUCUCAGAAAGUUUACAUCAAUGUGCUCAUCUCUUCUAUUCACGUUGGAGAGAAUAUGAAAUGUUUCAAGCAGCAUUACUUCAUUUCACCUUAGAAGAGGCACAAUGGGAAGAUGAUUGGCAACAGCUUUUAUCAUUAGCUAGUCAACCUGGGGCGUCUUUAGAACAGUUACACAUUUUUGUACUAGCUCACAUUUUUCGAAGGCCAAUAAUUGUUUACGGUGUAAAAUAUGUCAAAAGUUUUCGUGGUGAAGACAUUGGAUAUGCUAGAUUUGAAGGUCUCUAUUUGCCUUUGCUAUGGGAACAAAGUUUCUGUAUUCGCUCACCAAUAGCUUUAGGUUAUACAAGAGGUCACUUUAGUGCUUUAGUUCCUUCAGAGCCUUAUCAAAGACUCGAUUCAACACGUGAGGAAGAAGAAGAUGUCACAUUUUUGCCACUCGUUGAUUGUGAAAACAAACUUAUUCCUAUUCAUUUCUUAACGCAAGCCGAGAUUGGUCAUGAAGAGACAAUCAUGAGACAGUGGCUUGAUGUUUGUCUUACGGAAGGAGGAUUGCUUGUGGCUCAUCAAAAGUUGCAUAAAAGACCGCUUCUCGUUGCUCAAAUGCUCGAAGAAUGGCUUAAUCAUUAUCGACGAAUUGCACAAGUGAUAUCUGGACCGCGUGCUCCUCAGCUAAUUGGAUUGUCAACUGGUUAUCUAUCUGACGGUGAUACUGAUGAAGAAUAA